AUGGACGCUAACCGGGCGCCAACGGAGGCUCGCCCGCUGAGUUCAGGGUUAGCUGGUCAAGAAGCACCAGUUUCAACUCAGCCACCACCAUCAGUUCGUCCACUUAAUAGGCAGGACUCUCGGUCAGCCUUUCCACCACAAUCUCCGAGACCGGCGGCACCUCCAUCACAGCCCAGACCGCAGUUUCAACCUGGAGGACCUGUUAGUUCCCCUCCACAAUUUGCGCCAAGAACAGGUGCACCAGUAGCAAGAGGUCCAGCCCCAGCUCCAACUGGCCCUCUAGGAGCUCAGCAAGUUCGCCCCGCUCCUCCUACAGUACGACCUUUUGGUCCGCAAUCUAUUGCACCCCAACAAGGUCCUAGACCAAUUCAGUCACCGACAGGACAGCCACUGCAACGUGCUCCUCCUCCGAACAACUUGCAGUUCGGCCCGAGGCAGCCGCCACUUGUCGGUGCAACUACACCUGACGGAGGUAGACCACAGAUUGCUGGACAGCAACCAAACGGUGCCAUAAGAAACGGUGCACCACCUGUCCCCGGAGUCCAGAGGCAACCAUCACAAGGCUCUCUGAAGGGUCUUGACAUAUCUAAUACUUAUCAGACAAAAUCAGCCAACCUGGAUAACCAAAAUAUUUCAAGUGAAAACCCAAAUGUCCCUAAGGCAGAAAACGGCAUUGAAGGGCCCGGGGUGGCUAAAGGUAGGAGCUAUAGCAUUGCAGCAGCCCCCGGAGCCCCGAGCCCCUUGAAAGCAGAAGAUGAUCGACGAAAGUCUGUCAGUGCUAUAGGUGGAAGGAUAGAUGAAUUUAUUAGUCGGAGUCCAGGACUUGGUUUAAUUCAAGAAGGAAAAAUAGACAGCAAAGAAAAUGUACGGGAAUCGAAGGAGAGCAUUCGUUCAGAAGCUUCGAAUGAUGCAGGGAAAGAAGUUCCUGAACGCGCUGAAUCUCGUUUAUCUGGAUCUAAAAUGACAGAAUCUUUUAUUGGUGCAUUACCAACAUCAACACCAAAAAAGAAAGUUGAUGAUGACGAUGAUGUGAUUCUGCAAAAUAACUCAACGACUUCACGAACUGCAACUGAAACUACAAAACCAAAAGAAGAGUUUUCUGAUCGUUCUCCGUCUUUAACUCGCAGUGAUGACUCUCCUGAACCUAAGCAAAAACCGUCAAUGAGCCCAACUGUCCCAAUAAAAUCUCAAAACGCUACCCCGGAACCUGCUCGCCCAAAAACUCCUAAAGUUGAACCGAAGUCAGAAACAAAGACAGAUACAAAACCAGUAACCCCGACAAACAAGACUCCUUCAAAGUCUCCUUUACCAGAUGCUAAGCCACCACAACAACCACCAAAGAAACCAAACGAUUUAACUUCACCAAUUGGUUCUGCAGAUGUAAAGAAAACGCCUCGUAAAACAGCGUCUGCGCCAAAAUCUCGACCAAAAGAUGGUGACAAUGAUAGUGGCGUCGAUGAAUCUACGCAAGGCAAUGAUGUCAAUGGAUCUCCUGGUUCGCCUAAUAAAAAAAUCCCAAGCAAACUCCCCAUGAAGGAGAAGUCCAGUAACAGUUUGAAAACAAGCCUGUCACGGUCAUCAAGCAAAAGUGCUACUGCUAAAACGCCGGAAAAUCCACCACCGAAUGAGAAAAAAAAGGUACCGAUGAACAAAGUACAAGUUGGCAACGCUCCGUCGCCUAACAUUAAAGCAGUAAAAUCGAAAAUUGGCUCAUUAGACAAUGCGACGUACAAGCCUGGCGGUGGAAAAGUUAAGAUUGAAAACAGGAAAUUAGAGUUCGGUAACGUAACGCCCAAAAUUGCUGCUAAAAAUGAUGCUUACACUCCAAGUGGUGGAGUCAAAAAGAUUGUAUCCACGAAAUUAGAAUGGAACGCAAAAUCGAAGAUUGGAUCGCUCCAGAACACUGCGUACAAACCAGGUGGUGGUGACAAGAAGAUUGAAACUGUCAAAUUGGAUUUUAAAGAAAAAGCUAAACCAAAAGUUGCUUCGACAGUCAACAUCACUCAUAAGCCUGGCGGUGGUGCUGUUAAGAUCGAAAAUCAAAAAUUGGAAUUCAAAGCACAAAGUAAAGUGGGAUCCAUGGAUAACGUAAAGCAUAAACCCGGAGGCGGUGACAUCAAAAUUUUCGAUGACAAAGAGUACAUCAAGCAGAUGUCGGGCCAAUCGCCGGUGCCAGACAGUCUCGGCCAUUCUCGACAGGAGGAUCAAUAUUACAUGUCCGUCCACGAGUGGACUGAAGAGGACCGUCCAAAGUCCCGGUGCCUGUCAGCUCGGGCGCCGAGAACUCCUCGCACGCCCCGAGCACUCUCACCGCGACGCAGGAUCCAUCCGACAUCCAUCGACGCUGAGAACAUGGAAGAAGACCUCGUCCAACGCAACAACGAGAGGAAUCGACGAACUUCUGUAGCUAGGCCUAUGAGUGCCCGCGAGCCUCCACGCUCCGCCCUCUCUAGGCGAACUUCCCUCACUCAACGUCCAGCAUUCUCCAUAUAUUGAUGUGUACACAAUUGAACGAAAUGAGGAUUUUCGAUUGCUUACUUGGGGGUGCUAGUGAGGAUUAAGUCCUCUAAACUUAAUUAGCUGCUCACUGAAAUAUGACUUUAUUAUUACAAAAUUAAAAUUGGACAUUUAAUCCAACAUUUCAGCACUUUUACAAGUGACUUAACAAUAGCAAAUUUCCAAGAGACUUGAUCGACACUAGCGCCACUAUGGAUGCAAAAACCCUCAUUGUAUAGCCCUAGGCUCUCUGUGUUGUCUAAAUGUAGAAAAGUCAAUCGUGAUGUGACUUCUAAAUGUUAGUAUUUGAUCGAGAAUAGACGUUUAGUGCGUGCUUCUGAGUCGUGUCGCUGUCACUUUUAAGCAUUUCUUAUUUUUAAGUGUAAGACGAAGACGGAACAUAACAAAGUUUCAAAGUUCAGAUGGUAGCAUAUCAAUUUAUUCCAAUCUGUUCUUUUAUGAAGAUUUCUAAACCAGUUUAUACUAAACAGGUGAAAAGUGGGUGAUAGAUUAAUUUAAUAUGACAUACGUAGUAAUUCGAAUAGUAAUUAAAAUCUAAGACAGGUUGGAGUUACUUGAUAUGCGUCAAUACGUAAAUGUUUAUUUUUAAUUCAGAGUGAUAGAUAUACAAAACGCACAAAUUAUUGUAUUGCACGAGCGUGCACAUAAUAUAAAAGAAAAAGAAAAUAAAAAUGUGUCUAGUAGUAUUGACAAUCGCCUUCAGCAAUUUCGAUAUGCUUAUUUAUUUUCUAAAAUUGGACUUACACAAGAAGGAACCAACCCAAACAUCAUCAUAAGCUUGUUGUCAUCCCUUUUCU